AGAUAUGUGGACCAAGCAGUGAGUCCGCGAGACACGACAAUUGACGUCGCUGACAGUGUUCCGAGUCGGUCUUAAAGGCUUUUUUCACUCGUGCCAAGCGUGAAGUGAUUGCACGGGGUGUUCUUAUCUCGCGCUGCCUAUAAAUGUGAGCAAGGGAGUCUUCAGCUGGGGCACCGAAAUGGGCAACACAUCGGGAAAACAUCAGCUUCGGGAUCGUCCGCGAAAGAACGUCCACUGGAAAACUGCAGAGCCUCCAGUGGCUCCAGGGAAGCCAACGCUUGUGCCUGGUGAUGCCGACUCAGCGCCCGAUGUUGUCACCAUUCGCUGGGAGAGGCCCCUCUCGGACGGCGGUGCCCCAAUCCUGGGCUAUCUCGUGGAGCACCGUCGCACUGGCUCCCCGCACUGGGUGCGCGCCACCCCCGGCCUCGUGCCCUACACCGAACUCACCCUGAGCGGCCUGGAACCUGGCUGGCGCUACCAGUUUCGCGUCACAGCCGAGAACAUCGUCGGCCUGUCGCCGGCCAGCGAACUAUCGGACGGACUGACUGUGACUCUCCAGCGCACGGCCAUCAGCGUCCCGCGAUUCGUGCAGGAGCUGCAAGACAGCACCGCCAUCGAGAACGAGCGCGUGGAGUUCCACGUGAACGUCGUGGGAACGCCGCCGCCCGAGAUCAACUGGUUCAAGGAUGGCUUCGAGAUGUUCAGCAGUCGCCGGACGAAAAUACUCACGGAGAAUGACACGAGCCUCCUAGUGAUUCAUCAGACAGCGCUGACCGAUGAAGGUGAGAUCAAGUGCACGGCGACUAAUCGCGCCGGGCACGUGGUGACCAGGUGUCGGCUGAAGGUGGAGGCGCCGCCCAAGAUUCGGCUGCCGCGUCAAUACGAAGACGGGCUGCUUAUCGAGGCGGAUGAGAUUAUUCGGCUGAAGGUUGGCACGGCCGGCCGUCCGCCGCCCACAAUCGCGUGGCUGCAGAAUGGCGAGGAAGUGAAGUCUGACAAUCGCCACGAAAUCGUAACGACAGAGAGGAACUCCUCUCUGAAGAUCACCAACGCUCGACGCUCCGAUCGCGGAGAGUACAACGUGAGGGCGAUCAACAGCCUGGGCGAGGACAAUGCGUCCUUCCUCGUCACCGUGACAUCGCGCCCCAGUCCGCCGGGGAAGGUCACGAUCUCCAUGUCCAUCGGCAAGUCUGUGUCGCUGACGUGGUCGGAGCCGGAGGACGAUGGCGGCUGCAAGAUCGGCAACUACGUGGUGGAGUACUACCGUGUGGGCUGGAAUGUGUGGCUGAAGGCCACGACAACGCGUCAAUUGUCAACCACCCUCAAUGAUCUGAUCGAAGGGAGUGAGUACAAGUUUCGUGUGAAGGCGGAGAAUCCGUACGGGAUGUCCGAGCCGAGCCAGGAGUCGGACAUGCUGUUUAUUCCAGAUCCCAAGAGAGGCAUCACCAAGCCAAAUAGCUCAAGUGAUACUAGUGUAUUUAUCGACGAUCAACGACCAACGAUUGUUCCCAGACGAAAGCACACAGCCUCGCCGCCCGCGCCGGCCAGUCAGUCCCUGGACAGCAACAUAAACCAGCUGACACGGAUGGUGGACAAGAGCGAACAGACUCACGUGGCGCGCCUCAGAAUUCAGCGACCCACGGUCAAUAUUCAGUUGAUACCUCAGGUGUUCGAUUCGGAAACGAUAGCACGAGACAUAUCCUACGGCACACCCGAUCCCAUCACCCUGGCGGCGGCGGAGAAGAGAGACAAGUCGCCGGCGAAGCAGAAAGAAAGAUCACCGGCGAAACCGGAACGAUCGCCGGAGAAGCAGGUCAAUCUUCAGUUGCCAGAACCAGUGAAACCUCCAGAACGAACCCCAUCACCAGCUCAGGAAGUUAGAGAACAGAUUACAAGAGAAAAGACUCCGGAACCAGUCCAGCAAACAGUCCUCAGCGAGAAGAGCACAGUUCGUGUUCAGCUUGCGCCAGCAGAUGUGGGACCGAGGAUUGUGCAGAUGAAGAUUCAGGAGCCAUCGCCGGAGAAGAAGAUUGAGGAAGUCAGCAAAGAGGACAUCGUUCCGGAGAUUGCCAAUUUGACACCAGAAAAAGACAUGCAGAAGCCGUGGAAGAGCUUAAGAGCGCCGCGAGAGAACAACGAAGGAGUUCACAGCAGUGGAGAGUUCGUUCUCGUCCUCUAUGAUGACAAAGAUCCCUCGAAGAAUACGCCAUCAAAACAACAAUCCUUUGACUUUGAGGUGGACGAAGUUAUGCCUCCACCGCCAUUGUCUUUGUCAGCGCCAGAAUUGUCUAUUGAAAUUCCUCCUCCGCCCAUUCUCAGGCGAUCAGUCAGCUCCACAGAAUUGCUCUAUGAGAGAGCCAUGGCCAGGUUUUAUCACGCUGUGGAGGCUGAAGAAGAGGCGGAAAAGGUGAAGAAACAGGGUCAAAUCGUGCCAACUCUGAGAAAAACACCCAGUUUGACGCGGAAGGAUUCCUUCGGUGAGCACGAUCGCGGCGAAAGGAGAAGCUCUCUCAGACGUCGACUAUCGGGAGAGAUGCCGGCAAUUGUGCCGGGAAAUCUGCGGCGGAAAGACUCAGAAACUGGCAGCGUGGAGAAGGAAAUUCCAGUGAAGAAAACAAAGCGCAAGAGCCCAAUGAAAUCGAAUGAAUCCAUUGAGUACGUCAAAGACAGGGGAGAUCUUGAGUACACUGAUGAUUACACGGACAGCACGGUGUCAUCAGAUGAGUCAGAAACUGAGAAGUUCAAGAGAAAAGUCCGGGAACAUGCAAACGUCUUUUCGGGAGAUGAGGAACUGGAGACUUAUCAUCCCAGUGGGGCGCAGGUUAGGGUGGGAUCUCCCUACAGUCAGCCUGCGCCGGAUCAAUCGGCGGAGAUUCUGUCGAGACCCUUCAACCUGCCGAGUCCGGACUUUGUUCCCAAACCCAUCCUCAAGAGACGAACGUCGCUGGAGGGCGACUCCUCUUCCAAGGAAGACGACAACGACAGGAAAAGCAAGACUCCGGAGAAGGGAGCGCUGUCGAAGAUAUUCGAUCUGAAACCUCUGUCCAAAGGCAGCAGCAACAGCAAAUUGCAGGAGGAGAAACCAGUGGUUGUCGAGAAGCCUCUCACGGCGAGUGAGCUGGCGAAGAAGAAGAAACUGGAGGAGAGACAAGCGUCGCUGGAGGAGGAGAAGGUGGUGAUUGAUCACUACAGCGAUCUCGUGCGUGAAUUUAGCAGUGGUCGAAGAACUCCCGUUCCCAUCUAUCUCAGUGCCGACGAGCUAAAAUUGGCCGCGGAACCCGAAGAGGAAGAGCCGCCACCAAAGCCAGUUGAAGUGAAGCGAGCGCCUUCUGCAGAACCAAAGAAUCGCUCACGAAGCAGUUCGGCAACGCGAAAGCGCCCUGAGACGGCGCCAAGUGAGAAGGCGCAGAGCAGUAAUGUGACAACGCGAGGGAGAUCACCAGCGCCGAAAACUGUGGCGGAGAAGAAGAUGCCCAAGUCGAGAGAUGUGUCUGCCUCGUCGCAAACCAGGCGACCCGUGAAGUCGGCCGUGGAGAAGAGAGCGGCUUCCAAGACGAGGAAUCGCAGUGAGUCCAAGUCGCCUGCAGCGGCGAACAGGCGACCGCUGGCAGUGAAGGCGCCUGAAGUGCCGAAGGCCAAGGAGCCACCCAGUCCGCCACCCUCGCCAUCGAGAUCCCAGACGCCGGAGGAGAUUUCGCAGGAGGACGCAGACAUCAAGGUGAAGUCCACGCUGGCCUGGGUGACCGACUUGGCGCUGUUCUUGGCCGCGUGCUGGGUGUACUUCUUCAAAGACGCCCGCCUCGUGAUCCCCAUUCUCGCCCUCAUGGUGUACCGGCAAAUCGGCGACGCCGUGAAGAACAACAUGCCCUCGUGGAUGAAGAAGAAGGGCAGCUAACAAUGAGACGAGGUUGUAUCAAUUAUGUAUAAAUCUACUUGUUCAAGAAAUUUGUUGAAAAAUCUGCGAAUCAAAUAAAGAGUAUAUAAA